AAAUGUGACAAAUCGAUACCGCUGUCGCUAGAUGCGGAACUCAUGACAGUAGAAGUCGAAAAGCAUGUUAAGCCUGUCCUAAAAUCAGUUCUUUCGAUCUGAAUCCUGUUUUAACUAUAUUUGGAGAACAUCUACAGAGCUGUUCCCGGAUCAGCCAUUAACACCCAGGCUGCAGCACGCACACUGAUGAUGUCAGUCGCCGAGAACAACAACAGUCUCUCACAGGGAUUCUCAGCACAGCUUAGCUUCUUAGUUUGCUCUAAAGUGCUGACUAAUUCUCACUAAUUAAAGUGUCGUUUUUGAACUAAGAGCUCAGUCAGAUUCACACGAGAGUUUGAGUUCAAUUAUUCUAUUGAGCGAACUUACAGAAGAUAUUUUACAGCUAUUGCUAAAAUAUGUCAGGCCGCAGUGACAGGCUAACGACGCGCUACUAGCGGUCAAUAAAACUAUUUUGUAUAGUUUGGUUUAAAAAAAAUAAAUUACACGCCUUAAUUCUUCCAAAAACAGCAAUGUGCUAAGUUGUCCUUGCGAUUAAUAUUAUCUUUACAUCUCAGGAAUCUGCUAGUAUGUUAAAGGUGCAGUCAAACAUCUCUCAGUGAGAGAGCAAGACAAAGGAUGAUCUUGAAGAUUUAACCAAGCACUGAGCAUCAUGCCUCAACGGAAGAGAGCCCUUGUUCCCAUUAAUACAAGGAGAAGGGUUAAAGGUGAUGAAGAUUACUUCCCUUUCAACUCCCUACCGGUGGAAUGUCAGCUCCAUGUGCUCUCGUUCCUGAGUGAGGUGGACAAAUGCAACGCUGCUCUUGUGUGUGCAAGCUGGAGUUGCUUAGUGCGCUCCGGAAAGCUCUGGAGAGUCGCAGACUAUUCUCGCCGUGGAGUGUUUCAUCUGGGCCAGGAGGGUCUGCUCGUUUCCAACAGGGAGUUUGAGCGCUGGAAAGCUUGGGUUAACCAUUACACCCAUCAUCUUAUAUCCCGUGGGGCUAGUUUGCUCACUCUGAAGGCCAGUUUUGAUCUAGGGGACCCGUGCAAUAAAUGGGGAGAGCUCCUAUCACACCUUCUAGAGAACGUGCAUUGCCGUGAUCUCAGUCAUUUAGAUCUGAACUGGACAUUUACACUGCUGGAGCCCCUCGACCUUCGUGUUCACACCAGUUCUAGUUCUCACCAAGACAAUAUUACCAAGAUGGACCAGGUUAAUAACUUCCAGAUUCUCCUGACCAGACUCGUCCACAGCUGUCCCAGGAUAACCAAAAUGCGGCUGCACUUCGACUGGUCUGAAACAUCAGUUACGCUGAUCACUCAGUUUCAACACCUUCGUAUCUUAGAACUGAAGUAUUUUUGGGUAUUCAAAGGGGUCAGCCCAAACACUUUACAGACACUGACGAAAUCACUCCCUAAUCUAAAGUCCCUUACGCUCCAUGUUCUUGUACCACUGCGAAAUUUAGGCAUCUCGUACACCCUCGAAUCGCUUUCGCUCGAGUUCUUGGAUGUGUCGCCCAGUCGCGGUCUGGUCUUCUCCUGCCUCAACCUUCCAGCGCUGCGAGAGCUGCGGGCGAAGAAGAUCGUUCGGGGCAUUACUCUGGACCGCCGGACUCGACUACGCAUACAGAGCCGAUGGCCUUGCUUGUAUCAGGUCUUACGUGAAGGGACGCCCAAACUUCAGGCCCUUAACAAUGAAAGACUCCUUCCCAACUGGAAAGAGCAAAGUUACAGAGAGCUGACGUCAAUCCUCCAGCAGUCUUGCUAUUGCCUUCAGCAUUUAGACAGCUGGCUCUGGUGAAGUCGAGACUUAAACAAUCACAGGCCGCACAUUAAUGGCCUGAAGGGACACGACCACAUCCUGAAGAAAAACAUUAGAAGGACCAAAAAUAUAAUCAGAUAACACAAUUCUGAUCCUCUCUAAUGAAAAUUAUUUAACGCUGUAAAUUAAUUAUACAUCAGCCACCCCUUGCUAGGAAAUAAUUGGAUUAAAUUUCAAUAUAUGUCCAUUUUCUUAACCUCACAAUUAUGCCUAAAAAGAGUUUUGACUUGUGCUAUGAAGGUUUAUGUUUCCUGGCUGAAGUGUGUGCAUUUUUUAGGAGCUUAUGUGAAUUCAGGAAAAUUGUUCUAUUGUGCAAAAAGGAGGAUAAAAAGGAGGAUAAAGCGGAUUGCAGCAAUGGAGUGUGGAUCACUUUGACAAGAACUCUUAAUUCCUUAAAACAUUUCAUUCCUUGUGUGUUUCAGUAGGAAUCAUCAAAAAUAGAGGGUUUAUUCAUGUGAAUCUGUGUCCUGAACUAGAUUUUACUGAAGUGUUUUCCGUAAUCUGUGACCAAAUGUCCUGAUAAUCUAUAUUUCAGACAACUUUUUCCUCUUCUGACAAUUUAAUUUUAAUCUUACUUUCAUAAACUGGAAUUUAAAUAGAUUGAUUUUAUUUUUGUUUGAGCCUUUGAUUAAGUAUUUUAAGGAUUUUCACUUGAGUGAAAAUAUACGUAUUAUAUUGCAUCCUCAAAUUUGGGGCAAAUUCCUUACAUAUUACAAUUAAAAGCAAAGUCUUGAGGCUUUGUAAAGAAGUAAUGAGAGUAAAACUUGAACUGCUAAGACAUUCUUUACAUGAUGAGGCGUCAGCUGACCAAUGAAUAGGCAUGUGUUGAUUGAGAUCAGAUGCUCAGCAUUCAUGCUAAGCGUUAACAUAAUGUGCCUUUAAUGAAGAUUUUCUUUGAUUUUAUGGAAUGAAAAUAUUGCCUUUAGUCCCAAAAACUAAUAGACAAGUCAUAUAUGUCAUGUGAAUAGUUCCAAUUUUUUUUUUCUCAUUGAAAACAACCAGUGGAUGAUAUGUGAUUUGUGUGCAUGGUUUGUGCUCAUCCACAGGAUGGCUCCAUACCCUUUUUUUUCCUAGCUGUUGUGUCUCUUUCUUGCCACCUCUAAAAACAGCAUUGGUGUAUUGAUAAAUUAAUUCUGUGUACUGGCUGGAACUCAAAUAGCUACAAUAAAUUGAUAUGAUUUUACUAAAUAA